CGCCUAUCUAAUGAUAAAGCCAACCAAUGCCACUUUUGCUUCACUGCCACACCCCAAAAAAACUACAACACCAUAGCCUAAUACUCAUGUCCCUCCUUUUCCAACAUGGCCAAUCAACAGCGAAUCGAACUCCUCCAAGCCGAAGUGGACGAGAAUGACCAAAGCUUCUUCCGCCUCUUAGUCAACGGCCAAUCCAUCAAGUAUAUCACCGUUGAACCCGGUAUCUACAGCACAGAUGAGAUGUGUUUUGGUCCGUCUUUAGUCUCCAUUCUACCCGAUUUCCCCCCUGGAGAUUGGAACGAAGGCUUAGUAUCCAAAGACGCAGACGAUAAUCAACCGUGCUUUACAUCUAUUAUAUUAACCCAGUUCCCGGGGGUCCAGAACACCUGGCAUGAGACUCGUAUCGACUACUUGGAUCUUUCGAUGGAGGGGAAACUACGGACGGGUAUUUAUAAAGUCAAAUGUCCACAGUAUGAUAAUGUUGUCGUCGCCAAGUUCGCGCGGUUCCCCUGGGAGAUCCAGUACAUUGAAAAUGAAACUACGGCGUAUCAGUGGAUAUCGGGUCAUGAUGUCGGGCCAAGGUUCCUUGGUCACGUAACGGAAAGUGGACGCGUGAUUGGAUUUCUGAUUGAAUAUAUAAGAGAUGCACGGCAUGCUGGUAUUCAGGAUGUUGAGAGCUGCAGGGAGGUAUUGGGGCGGCUGCAUGAUCUGGGGGUUCGUCAUGGGGAUACGAAUCCGUUUAACUUUCUUAUCUGUGGAGGAAAAGCUACGUUGAUUGACUUUGAUACCGCUCGAAUAUGUGAUGAUCGGGGUGUGCUUUUUCAGGAGAUGGAUGGGUUGGCUGCGUGCUUGGACGAUCGAUCUAGUAGAGGGGGCGGUGGCUUUCUCUGAACAUUGUUGAGUAGGAUCAGAUGAGUUCAAUCCGUAGAGCCUGGCAAUCGGUAGUUGGCAGGGUUCUACUCUGUGCUUUGAGCACCAUCCCUGUGACGCCUUACCCGAUAACGUCGGAACAGUUAUAGUAACAAUAGGUAUACAGUGUGACAUGGUUAUGC